UCAGCAGUGCCUUUUUCAGACGGUAUGUUAGUAAAGUUCGAACGUCAGGACUAAGGCGACUUGAUUGAUUAUUACACGUUUGCAUUUUCUACACUCAAAAUGCAGAUUAUAAAAUGUUCAAUUUUGGUUGGUUUUGACUUUGGACUGGGAAGCGCGCCCAUGAUCCAUUUUGGUUGGUUUUGACUUUGGACUGGGAAGCGCGCCCACACGAUUGAAGAGGGCGUUCCUUGCAGUCAGCCAUUCACAUGAUUAUUUUCACUUUUCCACCGCAGAAGAAUAGACCCUUUCCAGAGUUUGAGUUUUAGCCAGAAUAACAAUAAAGAUGGCCAAUGAAGCGAAGCCGUGUCCUUGUGACAUCGGAGACAAGAUGGAGUAUGGAGGUGUUGGCCAGGAGGUCCAGAUAGAACACAUCAAGGCCUACGUGGUCAAGCCUCCCUCUGAUUCAGACAAGGCCGUCAUCGUCAUCCAGGACAUCUAUGGCUGGCAGCUACCCAACACCAGAUACAUGGCUGACAUGCUGGCCUCCAAUGGAUACAUUGCAGUGUGCCCUGACUUCUACGUUGGAAAGGAGCCAUGGAGUCCAUCACAUGACUGGUCUACCUUUCAGCAGUGGCUGGAGGACAAGAAGCCCACCAAUAUCAACAAGGAGGUGGAUGCAGUCCUGAGGUUCCUGAAGAGCCAGUGUGGGGCCCAGUGUAUUGGGGCAGUGGGCUUCUGCUGGGGGGGUGUGGCCACCCACUACCUGGCUCUGCAGUACCCUGAGGUCAGGGCAGGGGUAUCAGUCUAUGGAAUCAUCAGAGAGAGGGAGGACCGGUACGAACUGAAGAGCCCGACACUGUUCAUCUUCGGAGAGAAGGAUGAAGUCAUCCCACUGGACCAGGUGAGUGUCCUGGAGAAGAACCUGCAGGAGAAGUGUACACGUGUAGACUACCAGGUGAAGGUCUUCCCAGGCCAGACUCAUGGCUUUGUUCACCGGAAGAGAGAGGACGUCAACUCCACAGACCAGCCCUGCAUCCAGGAGGCGAGGACAGACAUGUUCAACUGGUUACAGAAAUACAUGUAGAAUAUCUACAGUGCGGUAGUCUUAUCAUCGGCCGUCCAUGGUUAAGUGAACGGGAAGGAUAAAAAACACAAAUCCAAUUUUCAUCACUACACCACUAACGUGAUUAAAAAGAAAUAGCUCAUGUAAUUGCUCAUCAGGUCUGAGGUUAUUUCCACUUUUGUCCUUUCUGAAUAGCAGCCUAUCUGGUGAUUAUCAUGUCCUUGAUUUAUCAUGAUCAAAUUCAAGCUGAUGGGGUGUUUUAAUGUGGAAUCUGCAGUUGCCAUAUUUGUAGUAGACUUUAGUUUUGUACCUUUUUCUUGCAGUACACUUAUACCUUAUCUGUUCAUUGUAUACAUUAUCUGUACAUUUUGUAUACGUGAUCUCUUCAUUGUAUACAUCUCUUAGUUUUAUACAUUUUGUACACAUUAUCUGUACAUUUUGUAUACAUGAUCUCUUUAUUGUAUACAUUAUCUGUACAUUUUGUAUACGUUAUCUGUACAUUUUGUAUACAUUGUAUACACUAUCAAAUCAGACAUUACAUUUAACUGCAAAGUAUCAAUGUGCCUGCCAUUAUAUAAAUGCAUGUAUAUUCUAUUUAUGAUAUGUUGUUUGUGUAUAAUAUCAUGUAAUACCCAAUGAUAUCAAUAAAGAUAGUAUGCUUCA